GAUAAUGUGAAAAAAUGUUUUUCUCGUUCCCGUAGGGCUACAGACCUACAGUAUAGUUUUUGUCGGUUUUCGUUCUCGCGUCGUUGUUCGCGCUCACCCGCGCGUUAUCCGACGACAGCCGCCGCUGACGCUGCCGCCGCCGCCGCCGCCGCCGACUACGACGACGACGACGACGACGACGACGAAGACCAUCGCCGCGACGACGACGACGGCGACGCCUCGCUCCCGAGUGUGCCGACAGUUUCCGUGCUUCAGUCGUUUCGUUUUCGCGCCCAAUCGCCAUGUAAGGAACCUCCGGGCAAAAGCUCCUCGGCGUAACGGAUAGCGUCUCGCCUACUACUGCUCCCGCCCGAUUCCCGGAGCCGAAGCGGUCCGCUUGUUCACCGCCGAAUAUUAUGCGUUUUGGUUCGACCGCAGACGCCGUCGAUCAAACACAGAAAAAUGGACAAUGACAAAUCAAAGAUGUCUAAGACAUUGUUAGAUAAAUCUGACGAAAUGGACAUUGAUGAAGAUCCAUGUUCUGAUGAUGAUGUGGACAAUGGUGCUCCUUUGUUAGAUGAUGAUGAUGAUGAGGACGAUGAAGAGGAUGAUGAUGAUGAUAAUGAAGAUAUGGAUGAUGAUCCAGAUUAUCAAGAAGAAGAUUGUUCUCGUAUUUCUACAGAAGCAGCUUCUAUAUCAGUGGAUGAAACUUCUUCUAAUCAAACUCCAAUUGAUAUUGCUGUCAAAACAGAUGAAGGUAAUUUUGAAGAAACAACAUCAUGUUCACCUAACAGAAGUGCUGUUACACCUAUAACAUCUUAUGAUAGCCCUUUACAAAUGAAAAAAUUAAACUUAAAAAUUAAAAGGUGGAGAAGGGAGGAUGCUGAAGGUAAAUCUCCAAAUGUUUCUCGAACUGAUGAAAAUACUCCUCCUACUUCAUCAUCGGCCGAUCCUACUAAUGAUGAUAGAUGUGUAUUAUAUCAAGAAACUUGGCCAGGAAAAGUAUGUGCGUUUUGUAAUUUAGGAGAACGAAGUCAACUUGGACAAGGAUCUCUUCUAAGGCUAGAUUGGGAAAAAGAUUUUAAGUCAACAUUAGAUGAUUUUAUUAAGCAAUUAGUUACUAAACAAUUAACUCCAAUGCCAUUACAAUCACCAACUGCUGAAAUGGCACCAAUUAUACAGUAUAGAAGGCAAAAAUCUGCUGCCAAAUUUAAACAACAACAAUUUUCUCCCUGUAGUUUUGAACCUGUGGAUGAGCUUAGUGUUAUUGGUCAUUUGGAUGUUCCUGAUUUAAACACGUUAUAUGAACAAUUUGAAUCAAAUGGUUAUGUCUACGUACAUCAGUUUUGUGCUACCUGGACUCAAGGUGUAAAGUGUGAUACAUCUGAUUCAUUGGAAAAUGUGCCUGAACUUAUCUUAGAGAGCUUAAUGCGACGGUGUUCUUACUGUGGUCACUUAGGUGCCAGUGCUCCAUGUACAUACACUAAUUGUUUGAAAUUUUUUCACUAUCCUUGUAUUUUUGCUUCUGCUUCGUUUCAAGAGAUGAGUGUACCAGCUUUAAUAUGCAAUUCUCAUCUUGAUCAUGUUCCUUUAAUGGAACUUUCUGCUAAUGUUGCUUGUGGUAUUUGCUCGACUCUUGGAGAUGUUUCCAAUUUAAUGAUGUGUACAACAUGUGGUAACCACUACCACGGUGUUUGUGUUGGAUUAGCUCUACUUCCAGGAGUGAGAGCUGGAUGGCAAUGUGGUAAUUGUCGAAUUUGUCAAGUUUGUCGGCAACCAGCCGAACAGACGAAAGUUAUGUUAUGUGAAGGUUGUGAUAAAGCUUAUCAUCCUGGUUGUUUAAGACCUCAAGUGACAACUAUACCUAAAAUUGGAUGGAAAUGCAAAUGCUGUCGUGUAUGCACUGAUUGUGGUUCUCGUACCCCAGGUGCGGGGUUAUCUUCUCGGUGGCAUGCUCAUUACACAGUUUGUGAUUCUUGUUAUCAGCAACGUAAUAAAGGUUCUUCGUGUCCACUUUGCCAUCGAGCUUAUCGAGCUGCUGCUCAUCGAGAAAUGGUUCAAUGCAUCUCAUGUCGAAAAUACAUACAUGGUGCUUGUGACCCAGAAGCUGAGUACAUAACUAGCCAUAGCAAAAGUUCAGCAUCUGAGUAUAUGUGUCCUUUAUGUAAAAAUGCUGUACAACAACGUCGUGAUGGAUAUGAAGAAUUUGGAGACUCAAAUAGUUCAAUAGAUGUUUAUCAACCUGAGCAUGACUUAGAGUUUAAGAGUAAUAAAGAUUUUGAUGAUGGUCGAAUGGGUGGCUAUGGUCUGGGUAAAGGAAAACCAUAUGCUGCAUGCAAAGUAGCUAAGAAACGAUUGCUUUCUGGAUAUGCUGGGCGUGCUAAAGGUUUAGGAAAACUUACUGCAGCAUUAAAACCCAUGUACCAGAAAAAAGGACAACGUCUUGUUGAGUUUCCCAGAAAGAGACCUCGAGGAAGAAUGCGAGGCAUUUUCGGUGUUCCUGGUCUUGGAUUACAAAGACCUUUAUCUGAUGUAAGCUCCAAAACUUCUUCAAAUGACAUUGACCCUAACAACGAAAAUCGAAUUGUUUUAUGCUCAGCUAAAGAUAAAUUUGUACUUGGUCAAGAUAUAUGUGUUAUGUGUGGAUCUUUAGGCACAGAUCAAGAAGCAUGUCUUAUUUCUUGUUCGCAGUGUGGUCAAUGCUAUCACCCUUUUUGUGUUAAUGUUAAAGUAACCAAAGUUAUUCUUCAAAAAGGAUGGAGAUGUUUAGAUUGUACAGUUUGUGAAGGCUGUGGACAACGUAAUGAUGAGUCUAGACUUAUACUUUGUGAUGAAUGUGAUAUUUCUUAUCAUAUUUAUUGUACUGAUCCAAAACUUGAUUAUGUCCCCAGAGGAACUUGGAAAUGCAAAUGGUGUGCUCAAUGCUUGACAUGUGGUUCAAAUGAUCCAGGCUUCAAUUGUUCUUGGUUGAAUAAUUAUACUGAAUGUGGACCUUGUGCUUCUCGUAGUAUUUGCCCAUCAUGUCAAGAAUCAUACACUGAUAGUCAAUUGAUUAUUAAAUGUUCCCAGUGUGAUAGAUGGCUUCAUGGAAAAUGUGAUAAAAUCGAAAAUGAAGAUGAUGCAGAAAAAUGUGCAGAAGAUGGAUAUAGUUGCUUACUAUGUCGUCCUCGUGGGACAGUUCCAGCACAUUUAGCACACGUCUCAAGUCCUAAAAUUAAACAGAAAAUGUCAUCACGUGAUAAUAGUCCAGAUGCAACUAAAGGGAUAAUAAAUGAAUAUUGUAUGGAUGGAAUUUAUUUGUCUGAAUCAGGUGUUCAACAUAUGAAGGUUCUAACCAGUGGUAUAGAAAUUUUACAUCAACGUAAAAAGCGAAAAGAUUUGAAAAAAGCACAAAUGGAAAAAGAAGCUGCUAUAAUGGCAGCUAUUGAAUCUGUUGUGUGUAAUAGUAGAGAUACUAUUAAUGAUUCUUUAGAUCAUGAUGAUGCUUAUAAGAUGGAUUUUGAUGAUAUAAAGGAAGAACCAAGUGAACCAGAACCUAUUUAUAAAGAAGGGAUGAUAGUACCACCACGUGAUGAUGGUCGUCCUCCUGAACCACCUGAAGGUUUUAGUAUUUUGACAUUAGAAACAGGUGUAAUGGUUCUGCGUCGAAAACGAGUUAGAAAUCUUCAAAAAUUAGGUAUUGGGGGAUUUGUUGUUAGAGGACGUAUGCCCCGAGCUAAAGAUAAAGAUGAAGAAAAUACUCUGGAUGGAGAUGGUGAAGACAAUAAACCAAGACGAAAACCAAAUCGAUGGAAAAAACCAAAGAGUAAAAUAGCUGAAAAUUAUCCUAAUUAUAUACAAGAUGCAUUUUUUGGUCGUGAUUUAUUGGAUGCUUGCAAUGUUGCGGCACAGAUUUUGGACAGUAGUGAGUCUGAAGAAAUAGAAGAAAAAAAUGAAGAUAUUACAACAAUUGAACUUUCUCAAGCUGAACUAAAAAUUAUGGAAGAUAUUAAAGCUAAACAACAAACAAAAGAAGAAGUGAUUAAAAAAUGCUUGAAUAUUAAAGAAGAGAUAAUUGAACUCAACGAACAACCAAAAGUGGUUGAAAAGAAAAAAGAAAUACCUUCUACAAAUGAGAAUGAUACACUGAAAGAUAUUUUGCUGUCUGAUAAUUUAUUAGAUUCUAUUAUGAAUGAACAAAGUAGGAGUAUUAAGACAGAAAUUGAAGAUACUGGUUUAGUGGUGGAAGAACCCGACAUGAACGAAACUGACACUUCAGCUCAAAAAGAUGAAUUUAGUGAAAUUCUAGGUUCCCACUUUAAUCUUGAUAUGGUCAGAGAGACAGGCUUACCAAAUAUGGAUAGUAAAGAUGUAGAAGAGAUUUUCAAAGUAGUUUUAACUGAUGAUGCUUCACAAGAAUCUCAAGAUCCGAAUAGCUCUAAUAUGUUAUUAAUAAGUAAUAAUAAUAUGGGCACAAUACCUCAAGCCCAAAAUGGAGUUGUUAUGGUUCAAAAUCAGAACCAUGCUCCAAUAAUGUCUCCCUCUCGUACAGGUGUUCCACCUAAUAUGUCUCGUGGAAAAGUACCAGCUCCAGCAUUACCACCUGUAGUAACCAAUAUGCCUUCUCCUAUCUAUCCAGCAAUGUCUCCAUAUCAUUCUGAAUAUAGCAAUAGUCCAUCUCAAUUUAGUCCAGCAUUUUCUGAACCUCAUAGUCCUUGGGUUCAGAAUAGCGGUGGUGAAGAUAGUCUAGAAGGCAUAGGAUCUCAGUCAUCAGCAAUUAAUACUAGCCAAAGAAAUUCUCAAAAAAUGGAAGCAGAUGAAGCUUUAGGACCUAAAGCUUCAAUAUCAGCUGUACUCUACGCUAAUGUUACACAUCCUGAAUGGAAAACCGAAUUUCCUUCUUGGCCUGAAAGAUCAAGACAAAUAUUAAAAAAGUGGAGAACAUUGUCUCCAGAACAAAAAAGUCCAUUUUUGUUAAAAGCAAGAGAAAAUAGAACUAAUCUGAGACAGAAAAAAGCGCAACAGGCCGUGAAGGAAGACAGUACCAGUGGCGACAACCGGACCAGUUCAACAUCUAGUGCUACCCAGAGCCCGACGAUUAACAAUGGAGAGGUGUGUCCCACCAAAGAACUGAUGCAACCCGCAAUACUAAUUGCCGCUGGUGAUGGUCAUACUAACUCUCAAUCUCCUCAGCCUUCUGAUCCCGAGCCUGAAUCUAACCCACCUCAGCAAACAUUUCCUACUACUAUUCCUACACACCCUUCCACAAUACAAUAUAUACCAGUUUUACCCAACCCUCCAUCUCCUAAUCCUGUUAACUUGCGAACUAUUCACAUAAUUCCUGCAGAGAAAAAUUCAUCUGAACCAAUUCAAUAUCAAUAUGUAGCAUCAGGCUCAUCUGAAAGGGGGACUUUGCAUUAUCCACCAAACAGUAUUCACAUAAUACAAACAGUUCCAUCAUUAAUAAUGUCUAAUUCAAUAUUAGCCACAUUAGAUACUAAAAAUCAAACUGAUUCACGUAAUAACCUAUUACAUAUAAUCACAUCACAGCCAACUGGCACAAUACGUAAUGUACAGUUGGUGAGAAAUGAAUCAUCAUCAGCUGGCACCGAGGGCGCUAAAACUAACAUAACCGCUAGCAGUACUAACAAUUCAGUCAGCACUUCACCUCCGCUGUCUGACCAACAAAUACGUGUACUAACACCGUCUGAGAUAAUGCGCACACUCCCGUCCCUCGGUCAAGAGACUUAUGACCCUGUGGAUCAAGAUAAAAUGAUAUCUCAACAGAGAUCACGUGAAGCUGAAAAUGAACGUCAGUGGAAACAGUUGCAAGCAAUGCGACAACAACAGGCUCAAGCUGCUCAACAACAGCAAGUAAUGCAAGACCAACGUACUCAAGGAGUAUAUCAAAGAGUACCAGUUCAUCAAAGAACUCUUUCUAUAGAUACCAAUCAAUUUACUAAUUCUGAUCAACAAGUGUUGGUUCAUACGCCAAAUUUAGCUACUCAGUUACAAGUUUCUACUAAUCAGGAUGGUUCUUUAACUCCCUUACAAAGCCCCAGUAGUGUAAGUUCUCAACAACAAUCUAGAUCACCAUAUCCUUCACCUGUCUUGAAAGUGACCAGAGUUGGGAGUCCUGCUUCCGCAUCACCAUCACCUCAAUACACACGUUCACAGUCAACACCAGGACCAACAGAUUUGUUUAGUCCACCAAUAUCUUCAACUUCUGCAGUUCAGCAACAAAGAAAUGUUCAUUUUAAUCCUACAUCUCCACGAGGCCGAGAUGACGUAUUUUCGUCACCCCAAGCUAAUCAAGAAAUGACAAGACAUUUGAGAGAGUUACUUCAAAGACAGCAAUUUAAAAAAGAAACACCGGCUGAUCAGCGUAUGUGGAAUACAGAAGAUACACCAAAUCAAGAAAUAAGCUCCCAAAAUGUUGUACCAAAUCAAGAUUUUGAAACCCCAUCUUCUGGACCCACAUUUCGCCAGCCUUUACCUCCAAGUGCUGUUAAAACUCAACGUAUGCCUUUCCAACCAAUGGUUACUCCAAAUGCUCAAAUGGUCAUUCGGCAACGAGUUCAAGAUCAAAAAUUCCAAUUAUCAGAUCCUCGGUUUCGGUUGUUAAUACAACAACAACGAUCUACCACUACUGGUGCAGUUAUUAAUAAUAACAUGAAUGCUCAACAAUUUGUAUCUGGUAUUAAAAAUCCAAUUACGCAACAAGCGUUGACACAACAAAAUUCUAGGACUUACGAAAUCAUGCAACAACAACAGCAGCAGCAGCAACAGCAACAGCAACAGCAGCAACAACAGCAGCAACAACAGCAGCAGCAGCAACAACAACAACAACAACAACAACAACAACAACAACAACAGUUGCAACAACAACAACAGCUGCAACAACAACAGCAACAGCAACAUCAACAGCAACAUCAACAGCUGCAACAACAGCAACAGCAACAACCAUUUUCAGUAGUAGAAAGAUCUGAAAGCUUAGACCAGAAAUAUCAAGCUCCAAUUAAUGAAGUUUCAUCAAUAAUAAAUGAUCCUACUUCAAUGUCCCAAUCUAUAGUUGGUCAAAAUGUAUCUGUUGGUAGACAUAGUGAUAUAUUACAGCACCAGUCUCAGCAAAAUUCUAUUAAUGGUGCUGAUAAUGUAGACAGUAGAAGUGAAGAAAUUACAGAUAGUGUUAGAGAUGAGUUGGAAAAACUACAACAAGAAGGAGAUCCAAACAAUAUUGGUGAAGUUGAUGGAGUCAAUGCCCUUUUGGGUGAUUUGGAUGAUGAUGACGAACUCUUAGCUGAAAUGGGAGCCGACUUUAAUAUACUGGAAUAUGCUGAUCCAGAACUCGACAACUUGGAUUGCGGUAACAAAACUAAUAUCUUAUAUGAUCUUGUUGAUGAUGAGGAAUCGAACAAGAGUACACACAAUAAAACAGUAUCAAACGAUAAGUCUUCAGUUGAAAUUGAAACAAAACAACCGAAGGAAGAAGUGGAUGAUCUACAGAGAUUAAGUAGUCUGAAUCACAGAAAAGAGCAAAAUAAUGUAGCAGUUUUAGGAAUUGAAAAGUUUGAACAAGAUAUUAUUCAUUCUCCAAAACUUGAAACUUCUCAAAAUGUUAACUCACAAAUUGUUCAAGAUAACCAAAUAGGUAAUGUGAUGCAGAACAGAGAAAAUAAUUUGAAUUUCAUGUCAAAUUUUUCUGGAGAAAAUCAAACACCUAAAAUGUCACCAAUUGGACAAGUCACUCUUCAGCAACAACAGCGACUAAUUCAAAUGCAACGUACAGUUGUGCCUAAUCGCAUGAUAGGUUCUCAGCAGAUUAUACAACAAGGGACAGUUCAACAAACCCGACAGUUGGCUCCACCUCCACCUUACCCAGGACCUCCUCCGCCAUACCCCGGACAACAUCAGGUCCGUAUGAGGGCUCCUUUACCACACAGCGACAUGGUACUACCACACAGUCUUUUGGGCGUUCAAAUGCAGAGAAGACCAUUGUUGCUUCAGGAACAGCCCUUAUUAUUAGAAGAUCUAUUGGAACAAGAAAAGCGAGAACAAGAGAAACGACAAAAUGUUGAUUCAUCAGGUGUUAAUAGUAAUGUUUCAUCCACGGGUUCUUCACUCACUGGUCUAAUGAGUGAUGCUGAUUUUGAACUUCUGCGGGCUGAUGUUAUGAAUUCCUCUGCUAGUGGUACUGCUAUCGCGUCACCACCUAUAAUUCAACAAAGUGGUACAGGCGUUGUACAACAACAAGUCAGUGAUCAAAUUCAUAUGCAAAGACCUACGUUUUUGCAAAGACCCACGUCUCAGCCAGUACAAAACUGGUCACAACCUCAGCAAUUACCUAGUCAGUCUCCAGCAAGACAACAAUUUACUGAACAAUCUAUAAAAGUUCCAAUAUUUAAUGCUCCAGUAUUAACACCACCAGCACAACCACCCGAAGUCAUAGCUACAGAACAAGAUCGUCAAAUACAGCAUACAUACGAAGUAUGGCUUAAUGAACAAAGUAACAAUAUAACCAAGCAAUUGAAAUAUUAUGAAAGUGAAGUUCAGAAGUUAAGAAAAAUGAGAAAGAGUAUGAAUAGUAAACAACGUGUUGCUAGAAAACAAGGUAAUGAGCUAUCAGAACACGACUUACAAGAAUUUCAACGCGUUACUGGAGAACAGCAAACUGUGCAAAAACUAUUGGAUUCAAGUCGUAAGCAAAAUAAACAGCAUAUGGCUAUUAUACAGGAGUACAAAAAUAAACACCGUUCAACAACUGCAGAAAGUCCACAGUCUCCAAGUGUAAUGAUGUCUCCAAAUUCAACUGUUGGGUCUAUUCAACAUCAACAAAACUCAAUGUCUCCUCUCAAUAGUAUUUCCACUCCUUUAUCUCAAACUGAAGAAAACCCAUUUAGUCCAAACCAACAGUCCCCAUUACCAUCACCAAGAUCUAACCUGCCUUCACCUCAGCUGCGUAACCCUGGCCAGUCGAGUCCACGGCAAGUGAUAGUAAAUCCAAAUACACAAGACCAACUAACAAGGCAUACAGGAAUGACUCCUAUAAGAUUUGUGCGUUCACCAGAUGGCUUAACAUUAAGAGCACGGCCAACACUCGUGUCUCUACAGAGUCAUAUGCCAUCUGUGAAUACUUCGAACAUAUAUCAGGGCGCAAAAAUAACAAAUGUCACAAUAAGCCAUGGAUCCCAAAUUCAACAACCUCAGCAGAUACAACGUCUAACAUUCCAACAAUUAACUCCUCAACAGCAACAGUUGCUCUUACAGAGAAAGCUAACCCAAAAAGCCAUACUUAUAUCUCAGCAACAACAAGAAUUAAACAAUUCUGCCAACCAAGACCCAUUAGCAGUCCAACAACGACAAAUGCAAUUAGCUCAACAUAGACAAAUGUUAUUACAGCAAAUUGAUCAAAUUCAAAAACAAAUGAAUGAUGGUCAGAAUCAGCAACAAAGACAAAUACUCGUUCAGCAAGCUGUACCUGGAAAUCAAGAUAGUAAAGCAGAAUUGUCACCUCAACAAAGACAGCAGAUAGUCAUUCAGAGACAAAACAUAAUAUUACAACAGCAACAACAGUUCCAACAGUUACAGCAACAAAAUGUUCCUCAACAACAACAACAACAACAACAACAACAACAAAUUUUGCAACCGCAGAAUAAUCCAAGUCAAUUGCAAUUACAAUCUCAAAACAAUCCAAACACAAUACAAGUACAGCAGCAGCAGCAGCAACAGCAGCAGCAACAGCAGCAACAACAGCAACAGCAGCAACAGCAACAGCAGCAGCAACAACAGCAGCAACAACAGCAACAACAGCAACAACAACAGCAACAACAACAACAACAACAACAACAACAAAACCCUGGACAAACAAAUAUGACUCAACAGCAAAAAUUAUUUCAACAUCAACAACUACAGUUACAGAUAGCCAAGCAGCAGCAUAUUAUGGCACAACAUAAUGCUCAAAUCCAACAAAAAUUAGUUCAACGUUCGCCCCAGCAGCAAAAUGUAAUUCAGUCUCAACUGUCUCCUCAGCAGCAACAAACAGUACUGUUACAGCAGACUAUUAAACAAGAACCAGGAGAAAUUGUUAAUCCAAAUAUUAUUCGUCAACAACAGCAACAACAGCAACAGCAGCAACAGCAACAGCAAAUUUUAUUACAGCGCCAGCAACAAACAAGAUUUCUGCAACAACAACUUAUUUCUCAAGGCAAAGUCACUAGGCAAAUGGUUCAGUCUCAACAGCAAUCUCCAAUUCCUCCUCAAAGCCCAAAUCAACCACCUUUAUCUCCAAUGCCUCCACAAAGUCCUAUUUCCAACAAUCAGCAAUACUGCCAACCAAACAGUCCAAUGUUAUCUACUCAGUCCCCAAUGCUGGCACAGAGUCCUCAACAAUUUUCACAACCAGUGCAAUCGCCUAACACUGUACAGUUUACUCCUAAUUCACCGAUGCCUUCUCAAAGCCCUAGGCAAACUCAGUUUGUACAACCAACAUCACCAUUAAUGCCUCAAAGUCCUAUGGUCCAGGGAUACACUCAUCCUCCUGCAACUUCACCAUUUGGUCAACCUCCCAGCUCGCCAAGUCCUAGACCGUCACAGAGUCCAAGGAACAAUCUGGGUCCCCCUAGUUCUCCAAUGAGUCCUAUGCAGCAAAACCCAUACAUCAGACCAAUAACGAGUCCUAUGCCUGCUAGACGACCAAAUGUUGGUAGUAGUCCAUUGAUGCCUGAUCAACAAGAAAACAGGGAAGAAAAUAAUGUACCACCUGAAGGAUAUCAGUAUGCAAAAUUAGGACUUCGUGGAGGUGGACAUUAUUGCUUACCUCCUAAGGGGUUCAAGUACUCUAAAUUAGGUCUUAAGGGUGGAGCACCUAUGUGGAGUACUGGGAGGCAAUUUGUUAGUAAAGAUGCUCAAGAUGAGGUAAAAAGAAGUGUGUUCAAAAGUAAUGAUAUGCCAUUAAGUGCAAUACCAGUAUCUAAAGUUUCAUCAUUAGUAUCAUUGGAGUAUGGAGAUUCGGACGAUGAAGGUUCGAGAACACCUCCAGUUCCUUCCCCACAACCACCUCCAAUCCAAAUUUCCAAACAAAAAGAAGCUCCGGAAGGAAUUAAUACAGAUCCAAUGAUUAUUUCAUCUUCUCCAAAAAAUGAUCGAAAUUUACCAGUUUACAAAGAUGUAAAUUUAUCGGAAAAUUGUAAAAAAGAUAGCAUUGAAGAAUUAGAUGAUAUACAAAUUAUGUCAACCAUACACAAUAUGAACAUAGAUCCUGGGCAGAUAUCAUUAAACUCUAGUAGAGUUGGUGAAGAAUUGUUGGAUAUGGAUAGGGAAAUUAAUUCACCUGGUCUGAUGUUAAAUGAAAAUGAUGAUAGUAUUCUUGGUGGUCUUCCAAAAGACGAAGCAUCUGAAAUGGAUAGAUUAAUGUUUUUUGAUGAACUUGGUGAUAGCAUAAAAUGUGACCAGGAGGAAAAAAGUGGAUCACCGGAGAAAUCGGUUUUCAAUCUGGACAAAUUAUUAAAUGAUCCAGAACCACAUAUAGAUCAAAAAGAAGAAUUUAAAGCUGAGGUUAUCCAACAAGAAAACAAUUUAGCUGAAUUGAGUCAAGAAAAUGAAGAAGAAAAUAUUGAUAAUGUUAUUCAAAGCUAUUCAUUUCAUUCUUAUGCAAAAGUUCCAAAACCAGCACCAUCGCCCAAAAAAGAAAACCGUUUGGUAUCUAUUUUGAAAACUGAUCAAUCAGAUGAUCUAAAAAAAGUGACGAGUCUACUUCGAUCUCAUCCAUCUACUCAAAGUAAAAAUAUUAUUAUUUUAAACCCUUCAUCAGAUACAUUAAAAGAUCAACAAGUUAAACAAAAUUUACUACUAGCAAAGGCAGACAACCUUAUGCAUUCAGAUUUAGCUCAAAUCUUAAGUAAUAUUAUGUCUCCCAAACAGAAAGACAGUUUCAUUAAAAUAGAAACAUCAAAAUCAGAUGAGCAUACAAAACACUCGACUAUAGUUUUACCAGCCCGUACAACAUCAGUUGUGCAGAAUUCACAAAAGAUGUAUCCUUGGGAUUCAAUAGGGACAUUUACUACAGCGUCUUCCACUUCAUUUACUAAAUCAAUUCAAAUAAUAUCAAAACCUGAAGAGAAAGAACUAAAAAACAGCUCUCAAUUAUCAUGUAUGAUUAAUUUACCCAAGCAAGAAUUACGUACACCUAAGGUUGUUGAAGAAUCUCAGAAUGUAUUGCUUAAACAACUUCUUCAAAAUACUGCAUGUGCUAAUCAAACUCCAACUACUACAUCUGCUAUAAGUUUGCCAAUUAUACCUUCUCUUGAAGCUCAACUUGCAAGGCCUGUUUCACCUACACCAUCUUUAUUGUUUCCUUCGUUACUUUCACCAAAAAAAGAUGAUAAAUUUGAAUCUCAACAUCAAUUGCUAAAACCUUUAAAACUAGAUAUUGAACCCAUAUCACAAAGACCAGAGUCUCAACCUCAGGGGCUUCAAAAGCCUGAACCUCAAAUUCAGGUACAAAAAUCUGAACCUCAAGCUCAAGUUCUAAAGCUUGAGCCUCAGUCUUCUCCUAAACCUGUAGUUAUUCUACAGCGGUCUGAUAUUCAAACACCAGUUACACAAUCUUCGCCUAAGUCAUCACCACCACCACCACCGCCACCACCACCACCUUCGCAACUAUCUUUACCGCAAGUACAACCAGAAUCACAACCUCAAUUACAGCUACAACCACAAAUUCAGCCACAGCUACAACCACAAUCGCAAACUCAAUCAACGCGACCAAUAGCUUCAACUGAUUCAAUAAUGGAGUCAAUUAACUCAGCAAUUAAACAAGAGCGUUUAGAAGAAGAAAGUAAAAUUGAAGUACCUGCAACUACAUUAACUGGAUUUAGUCCUGAAAGAGAAGUAAAAAAAGAAAUCAUGUCAUCCGAUGAAUUAGUAUCACCCCAAAAUUCCACUAGAAUAGUAGAUCCAGCAGAUAUGAAUAAUUCAAUGAAUAUGUCAAUAGACAUGAAUGCAGAUACUCAAGACCAAAAGAAAUAUAAACGCAGGCAGUAUUAUGCUAAACGAAGGCAAAGUCAAGGUAAAGAUGUAAGCUCUACAAUCAUCCCAAAAAAGCGGCACCGAAAGGGUUCUAAACCAGAAGAAGAUUACGAUUCUUUUAUUGAUGCACUUAUGUCACAAUUACGACAGCUUCAACCAAUGAGUGUUAUUGAGCCAUCUUUAAACCAAAACUUAACAGCUUGUCCAUUGUUUGGCAUAGGAGAUGUAUUAUCUCAACAAAACUUUAAAAUUGGUGAUUUAAAAGGUAAAGUGGGUUCAUGUAAUCUGCCAGGCGAGAGUGAUUAUUACAAUACAAAACCAUUUGGUGAUUUGGAACCUGUCUCACCAUUACCUCAACCAUCCACUCAAAGAGGCUUUUACAAUGAAGAAUUUGACCCUCUCAAGUUUGAAUCUGAUAGUGAUGAAAAGAAGUUUGAUAUCGGACGUGACCGUGAUGAUACUCCAGACACUGUAAUGAGCUCUUCUUCACCAGAAUUGGCAGUGUGUCAAACUCCAACCCAUUUCCCUGGGCUUAAAAGUUAUGACGAUGAUAGCGAUUCAACAGACACAUUGUUAAAUUUCACUCGAUACAUGUCUCCAGUUCAUCAACUUGUUGCACCGCUGGCUUUGAAACCUCGCCCCAACUAUAAAAUCAAUAUGGAAGACGAUAAAGAGAAUCAGGGUGCGAGACACGGAAUGUUAUCUCAAGUUGGGAAAACACCUCCACGAAGUUCACCUGCAUUACCAUUACGGGAUUCCAAUACAAUGACAGUUACAUUAACUAUAACUUCCGAUGCGGCUGAAGAUAUUAUGGGAGUUCUUCAAGGCUUAGCUAAUUUACUUGAUUUACCUGAUAUUCCUAAUUAUAAAGUUACCGAAAGAACUGUUACACCGAUGUCACAUAAAUUAGGACUGUACAGAUCUAAAACCAAAGAUGGAAAAGAAGGAGCCCCAAUAGAUAUUCAAACUAUAUUAAAUGGCUUUGCCAAAUUUUGUCGUCAUUGUGAUUUAGUUAUUUUAAAUAAUUUAAUAAAAAAGAAAGCAAGCGAAAUUCCCUUCUUAACUGUCGAAGAGUGUGCAGAUGAAAUAUUUUUCUGUAGUACGAUGUGCUUUCAAACUUUUGCUUCACUUUUACGCCCACCAGCUGAAUCCAAAGACAAAGCAACAACCAAUGUUAAUCAUUUAUCUGAAGGUUCACCACCAAAGCGUUUGAAAGUAGAUCCUGAAACUAGUCCAAUAUCUAAUAAAACUGAUGUUAUUGAAAAAAUGGAUAUUGAUGACACUUUACAAAACAUAGAGGAAACAAAACCUGAACCAUCUGUUGAAGAAACAAAAACCUCAAAUAAGAGUAAUACUUAUAGACUUUGGAAUACAAAUAGCGUUCCAGCUCCACUGACUAAGCAUAAAAAAUCUACUGAUAAAGAUCUAAUGGAGAUGUUGUUUCGUAUGGGAAUCACUGUUACAUCGCCAAAAUUACCAGAAGACAAACGUGUGUGUUUGUUUUGUCAUCAGUUUGGAGAUGGUGUUUCAGAUGGACCCUCUAGGUUAUUAAACUUUGAUGUUGAUAAAUGGGUACACUUAAACUGUGCAUUAUGGUCUGAAGAUGUUUAUGAAACUGUUAAUGGAGCUUUAAUGAAAGUUGACAUUGCUUUACGACAAUCUCUCAGUGUGGAAUGCAUAGUAUGUCAGAGGCCCGGUGCAACACUCAAAUGUUACAAGCUUAGGUGUUCCACAAAUUAUCAUUUACCAUGUGCAGUCAAAGAUGAUGCUGUGUUCUAUAAAAAUAAGACUUUGUACUGCAGUGGCCAUGCUCCAAAGAGUGACAAGGAGAAUGAGCUGACAACAUUUUCAGUUCAUCGACGUGUUUACAUUAACAGAGAUGAGAAUCGACAAGUUGCUGCUGUAAUGCAUCAUUCAAGUUCUCAUCAGUUCCUAUUGCGUGUUGGUAGCCUUACACUCCUCAAUAUUGGUCAAUUGUUGCCUCAUCAAUUGGCUGCAUUUCAUACUCCAACUUCUAUUUAUCCAAUUGGUUUCAAAGUGGUCCGUUUGUUUUGGAGUAUGCGAGUGCCUAACAAGCGUUGUAAAUAUAUUUGUUCUAUUCAUGAAGUAAAUGCACGGCCAGAGUUUAGAAUUAUUGUACAAGAAGUGGAUAAUGAAGAUCUAGAGCUUAAAGAUUCUAGUCCAAGAGCAGUUUGGUCAAAAGUUUUGUCGGCUAUUGCUAGUAUGAGAACUGCAAACAAUUUGUUAAAGCUACAUCCACAACAUGUGAGCGGUGACAGUUUAUUUGGACUUACUGAACCAGCAAUUGUUCGUGUCUUGGAGAGUUUGCCUGGUAUCGAGACUCAAUCUGAUUACCGUUUCCGCUAUGGUCGUAAUCCUCUUCUAGAACUUCCAUUAGCUAUCAACCCAAGUGGAUGUGCUCGUUGCGAGGGCCGUAGACGACUAGUCCUUCCUGGGAAGUUACGAUCACACAUACCAAGAUCAUUUACAUCAUCUCAUGGUUCAUCAUUAUUGAGUCAGCUAGACUUAUCAGCUCCUCCUACUUGCCCAUAUUCUAAACAUUUUGUUCAUUCUAAAUCCUCACAAUAUAAAAAAAUGAAACAGGAAUGGAGGAACAAUGUGUACUUAGCCAGGUCUAAAAUCCAAGGUUUAGGAUUGUACGCAGCUAGAGAUUUAGAAAAACAUACUAUGGUUAUUGAAUACAUCGGUGAAAUUAUCCGAUCACAGUUGUGUGAUUAUAGAGAGAAACUUUAUGAGGCUAAGAAUCGCGGUAUAUACAUGUUCCGUCUGGAUGACGAUCGGGUGGUCGAUGCUACUAUAAGUGGAGGUCUAGCUCGAUAUAUUAAUCACUCGUGUAAUCCUAACUGUGUUACCGAAAAAGUGGAAGUAGACAGAGAGCUUCGAAUUAUAAUAUUUGCUAAGCGAAGGAUUGCCAGAGGCGAAGAGCUUGCGUAUGACUACCAGUUUGACAUUGAAGACGAUCAACACAAGAUUCCGUGCAACUGCGGUGCUCCCAACUGCCGCAAAUGGAUGAACUGAUACAGUUGUAGCCAUAUAAGUAUUUUUACCAUUUUUUUAAAUUUUUAAUUUACAUUUAACAAUUGUCGCGUCAGACACGAUAAUUUAUAAUAAUAAUAGUAAUAAUUGUUAUGUUGCCCAUAUUAAACUGUACACAAUUUCUGUGAUAGGAUCAAAUUUUACACAUAAUAUAUAUUAUUCAUAUAUUAAAUAGAUUUAUAAAUAAAUAUAAAUAAUAUAUAUAAUAGCACGUAACUAAAAAAAAACUAAUGUAAAUAAUUUGUGCCUUAGAUUGCAGCACGCUAUUUUUGUAAUUAUUUUUAAAGUUCUAUUUGAGUAUGAUUUGUAAAUUUACUAUAUGAAAUUAUUGUAUGAUAAUAUAUAUUAAUUGUAAAUUAUCGUUAGGACAAAAACAACAACAAACAAUAUGAUCUCUUUGCAUGAGACAAGACUUGAUAUCGUAAGUUUCUGUUGGUGUUUGUAAAAAAAAAAUGAAACAAAAAAAAAAAAUAAUAAUUUUAAACAAACGAAACAAUAAUUUGGG